UCACCAUUCAUUGAAUGAAUACCGCAAAUGCCUCUUCCUUAAAGAUGCAACAGAACUCUCAGCAGACAAAGGUACUCAAGAUCUCUUCAUUGUCUCCCCCGAAACAUACAACUACGACUCAAGGCAAAACAUAGUUCCUCAUUCUUCAUCAUGGCUACCUGUCUUCGCGCUGCUCGUCUUCUCAUAUCAAGCGCUUCCGAAAUCAUACAAGACGGUGCAGUCUUUGUAGAAGGCGGAAUUAUAGUUUCGUCGGGGCCCUGGUAUGAGAUUCAACCUACGUUGCCUGAAAUUACGAAAAUCCUAGACCUUGGAGAUGUGACUUUGAUGCCUGGUCUCUUCGAUUGUCAUGUUCAUCUUUUCAUGGACCCAUCUUCAUUCCAGACCACAGAGGCUACCCCACUUCUGGACUCAGAAUUGAUCCCUAGGAUGGAGAAGAACUGUAUGCGAGUGCUAGACGCUGGCGUUACUACUGUAAGGGACUUGGGGUGCAUUCGUACACUCUCCACCGAAUUGAGAGAGCGAGUGAAUGCGGGCUUAGUUCAAGGACCUCGUAUUUUGUCAGCAAACGCUCCCAUCACUGUCCCCGGAGGACACGCAUGCACCUGGGGUGGUAUUGCUACUGGUAUCGAUGAGUGUAAAGCAGAAGCUCAAAAAAGAGCUCAGGAGGGAGUCGACGUGAUCAAGGUCAUGACCACGGGAGGAUUCCUUACACCAGGUAGCUCACCCGCAAGAGCGCGUUACUCCAUUGAAGAGCUUUGUGUUAUUGCGGAGGUAGCUCAUGCCCAUGGGAUUCCUGUCACAACCCAUGCAACGGGUGUAGAAGGCAUUGAACGAGCGAUUGACGCAGGGUUUGACUGUAUUGAACAUUGUUCAUGGAGUGUAGAGGGCGGAACAAAAUUCGAUGAAGAGAUUGCCAAAAAACUGGUUGCACAAAAUGUCGCUGUAUGUCCGACAAUGAAUACCGCCUGCAUGGAGAAGGACUAUUUCUGUCCUUGGGAUACUCGGGAAACUGUUUUGAAAAACCUAACCAGCUUGCGAGAACACGGCGUUCAAAUAGUCGUUGGCACGGAUAAUGGUAUUGUCGCUUGCCCAUUCGAAAGAUAUGCCGAUGGACUCUCCGUCCUCGUCGAGGCUGGCUUCACUUUGCGGGAAGUCAUCGCAUCUGCAACUGAAAAGGCCAGCGAAGUAUGUGGCUUGGCUUCUGUAACAGGAAAACUUCUCCCUGGAAUGUCCGCCGACAUCGUCGCUUUUGCUGGGAACCCUUUAGAAAGCGUUGAGUCUUUUUUAAAUCCCCGCUUUGUGAUGGCUCGCGGGAGAGAACAUGCACUCACUCCAAUUCCUCCUGUGGACAACUCAAAUGUAGCCGCCGACGUUUCCAAGAUGCUCAGGAAGGGAGCCGGACUUUCCACGGAGUGAUAAUCCGAUAAUCCUCAUUCUUUGAAUGAAAUGUCACUCUGUUGUAUGCAAAAACAAUACAUAAAAACUCCAUAACAAUGUCUCUCCAGGAUAACUUGAGGAAGUUCAGAAAGGAACAAAGCAAUUUGGGUCCAACGAAAUUGAGCUCGUAAACAGGGCCACGCUCCAAAUGAGAUUUUUGAAAAGGGACCGAUUUACUCACACAUGAAAUUUGUUCCUUGUUCCAAGAAAUUGUUCUAGUCUUCCGUGAAAGAUCUGUACCCGCUCAGCCUAG